AUGUCUUUAGGAUAUAUCGAGGGUAUGUCCAGUUAAAACAUGAACAAAAGGUUUGAGUCUUCUGCAGUUAAAUCAUCUAUUGUUGCACUUUUUAACUUUGUUUUUCAGUUGUUGGUGCUAUAUAUCUCCCCCGUUUAUUAGCGAUAGUUUAGCCUCUCACGACCGAACACGUGUCACCCGAUUGGACAUUCCCAAAGGUUUUAUUUGUUAUUUAGAUUAUCCCUGUAAAAGCAUUCCCGAUGUCUAGCGUUUACCUUGGCAUAAUGGGGGGAUACGAAGAUAUUGCGGACAGCAUGGACACCCUAACUAAUUUGUGCAUUCUGUGCUCGUGGAUGCGAUGCGCCUGUUCACUGUCGUGCCUGUUCACAGAAUCACUUCAGAUUUUCGUGAGACAACGGAAAAGCGUCACAUAUAGGUAAUUAAAUGCAGAAUUAGGCGCUUUGAAAAAAACAUACUUUCUUGAAAAGUCUGGUUGACUGAGCUGCACACAGUCCCUAGCAGGAAAAAGAGCUCUGGACGAGCUCGCACAGAGUUCAUUUCACGAGAUAUGCGAACUAUUUUUGUGCUCUUAUGUGAUUGUUGGUCCCAGCCCGCGUUUUGUUCCAGGGCUGGUUAGGGCUUUUAUCGAAUGUCCCUGCUCACAAGUAGAUGCAUAGAAUCUGUUCUCGGGACAAGAUACGAGGGGUUUAAAGUCUUAAACUAUGGAGACGAGGAUCAUUUCAUGUAUCCCACAGUUUUCAUUAAUCCUGCGUGUUUGCAUGCAGUCACACCGCCUGUUUAUGCGUUUUCUGGGUCUCUCUUCUCUCCCUCCCUCCUUCCCUCCCUACCACACACACUCUCUCACACGUAAAAGAGGUCGUAGGAUAAUGUCAUCUAGUACAAGCCGAUUUUUCCCAAUCUUGGAGAGAGCGAGAGAUCAAAUUUUUCAUUUAAUAUCGAGUGCGUUUUUUAAUUUUUAUAAUCAGUGUCGAAUCUGGGGAUGGGCUCGUCCAAAUGGAAGUUCAAACCGAGAAACUUGCGUUCUUUAGCGACACGCCAACCGAAUAAGCUAUUGCACAGUCUGUGUUAAUGACGUUUAGUCCUUCAUUCUGUUUUCAACUGUUAGCUUCUGUUUUAUCCACCGGUGGGCUUUCGUUCUUCAGCCUUAUCUCACUACGUUAUAACUCAGUACGCAAAAACCUAAUAAAUAAGGGCUUGUUUUAUACACUGUUGAUAACUCUGAGACGACUCAUAACAAUCACACCUGUGGCUUUCUUACUACUGCCAUUUGCCACUCCGUUAUCAUCAGAUUUUGAGAAUUUGGCAGCAUUGUCUGGCUGUUGAUAGUUUGAAAAGGAAUCGUCUUUCAUAUGACCUUUAGAUUCUCGCGUAAAUGCAGAACUCUUAUUUACGUUUCUACGGGUGGUGGUAUAUUCAUCUGCUCCGUCGAACUUUUUAAAUAGAUAAGUACAUUUGAAAAGUCCGUCACUAAGUUUCUAGUUUCAAAACACACUUUUUCCACAGUACUUUCAUUUGGAUCAGUAUUUUACAGUGAAUAUCAUUUUGACAGAAGUUUAAGUCAACCGUCGAAAGUUGCGAAUCUCUCGUAAACUACUAGAAAGUUUUAUAAAACUUAAUGGAAACACCGGCUUCAUAAUCCGAAAGUUUACUAUCGUUUGUGUUGCAAAUUUAUUUCAAAUCUAUAUUCUACGUAGUACUAUUACCCCAGGCUUACAUAUCUUUCGCUAUUCCUCGAAUGUUUGAAUAUCUCGAUGCUUUCUAACGCAAGUCACAUAGCACUGCAUCAUGCAUACCAUGGAUGUUAUUGUGAAUCGGAGGGCACUGAACAUCAUGGCGCAUUUGCCUUAGAUAUGUCGUAUGAUUUAUAGUCCAAGUACUUACAUAGUGUUUCCACAUCAUCUCUCACUUGUACUUGCGUGAAUUCUCAAGUCCUCGAUCUUAACUUUUUUUCGCCUGUCACCAUGUCCACACGCAGUCCAUUACAUUAUCAGCCUGACUGGUGACUAAAAUACAAAGGUAAUUUUCAUGUUUUUACAAAAUGAGGUGAGCUUCAAUGAGUUUUCAAUAUUCAAAUAAAAGAAGAAGCCUUUUUUGUGAGAGUAAUACCCACAGCAGUUUGUUUUGAAAGUUAGAGGGAUUUGUUAUAACUGGAACAAAACCUAGCGGUCGAUAUCUUGAAUGAUUGGAAUCAAUUUUAACCUAUCGUCUGAAAAACCGUCUUGUCAGAAAAUUAAUGUAGCAAGCUCUCUAUUUAGUUGGCAAUAUGGUGGGGUUCUAUCGUCUUUCUGUUCUCUGGGUGUCUCUUAUUUAUUUCUAACUCUUUGACGUGGACGUAAGCCACUGUGGAUUCGCUAUAUAUUGCCGGAGCCCAUUAGCUAAGUCUCUCCUGCUCGCAAACGCUUACUCAUACGCAUAUCUGAAAAGACGGUUUUUACUUUUUUAGUUUUCUUUGACCUUUUUUUCGUUGUUGGUAUCCGCGGAGACCGAUUUUAGUACAUUAAAUCCGAAAGCAGUCCACUUGAUAGAACUCAUGUUGUUUCUCGAACGUUAAUGGACUAAACGGUCAAUAACUCGUAGAAGUUACUGGCUUUCAAAUAAAGUCACCCCUUCCGGUCAGCAUCUUACCCGCAAGUUUUCUGUUUAAACGUCCCGAGUGCUGUAAACCAUUUUUCCAAGUAUCUGUUGAUCGGGAAACCUAACGGGAUUGGCCAGAAAGUCUUCAAUACUCUUAAUAAACGAAGAGCUUUCGUAAUAUGAGAUCUCUUUCAUUUUGCGAACAAAUCCGUAGAGGUCUUGUUGUAAGCGAGCUGUCUUAUGAAAUGCCGGGUCAGCAGCAUAACUGUAUACAGACAUAUAUACGGAGCGCAAUUUUGCCAGACGCUGACAAGACCUACUUUCUUCCUAUUUUCCCCCUUUUAUUACCUGUUCCUAGCAGUAGCAAAACUGCGGAAGCUGACGAGUACCUGCUUUUAGAAAUGGCCAUAAUAUCAUCUAUGGCAUAACAUGACGUACUAGUUCAAGGCUACCCUAUUACAACUGAAUUACCUAAAUUUCUUUCCGGAAGAACAUUUUGAAUAAAAUGGGGACAGUUUCAGAAAGUGAAAACGGCGAUUGCUGGUGCACAUUUGUCGAGAUGGGGCUUCUGGCUGUCACAUUUAAUUCGAGGCGCCCCCCGUAAACUCCAGACGUUUCGCCUGAAUUUAUUUAUUCAUGGCUUUUGCGUUUACGCCAUGCUUGCAAGGGCAUUGCAGUGGAAAAAUAUCAAGAGACUGGCAUCGAUGAAAGCAAUCUUGCAUAAGUACUAUUGAACAUCUUAGAUUUCCUCAUCUCUCUCAGCAACAUCUGAGUCUUCUUUUGCAGAACUCUGCAACAACAGGCAAAUUUUUAUAGUUCUCCUGAAGGAGAGUUUGUGCAGCUCAAAAGACCAUGUCCGCGUUGUUACCGGCCAAACCCACUUAACUGGCUGUAAACAUUUGCCGACAAACGGACGAUCAGAUAGAGUGAAACUGCCUAGUAAUUUCAGCGGGAUUGGGUUUUCAGGUUGUUAAAAUUCUUUGGCGGUUUGACAUUCAGAAGCGCCUUGUAGCCUCCCUGUUGUAGUCUGCAUUGUACUCAUUACUGCCCUUUUUCUAUUUAUCGACGGCCGGUUUACCUUUUCCAGUUGUCAUUAAGAAAGUUGUUUUACCUAAGGCACUAGGCGCAAAUCUUUUGCCUUCUACAGAAGAAGGCAAAUCUACUUACAGGACACAUAUUUUUAUGAAUUUUUCAGCGGAGCGUAAAACCGAAAAUUCCCCUGGAACAAAUCCCGUAAACAAUAAAUAAGCUAGUCCGACCGUGUCGACAAACACCUGAAUAGGAGUAUUCCACAGUUUUUCUGAAGAAAACCUGGGGUUUAACGUCUUCGAGGAAAACACUGACCUUUAAAGUUCCGGUAGCUUCUGUUUCGUGGCUCGACUGACGAAAUAUACCAAUUAUCGUUUCUCAUGCUUGUAAAAACUGUUAUUUCUCGACGUCUACUCAUAUGUAGGCCUUGGAAUCUUAAAACACAGUAUUUUGGCGAGAUGCAUAUUGUAGCCGUAGAAAACGCAAACGUAUAAACUUUUAUUAGGUAUUGGUUACUGUUUAGUGAUGUUCUUUAAUUCGCCUUAGCAGAAACAUGGUUGAGAUGGGUGAAAAUACGAGCUUUGGGAGGCACUUGAGAUGCAAAAGACUUGGUUGUUUGAACAACAAUUUUCCAACACCUAUUUUGACUAUUUUUGUUUGUUUGUAUGGUUUUUAUACCUAAGCUGCUGUAUAAUUAUGUAACGAAAAAUUUCCAGUUAACCCAAGUUAACAUUUCUCAAGCCAAUUAACUAGUUUAAACAAGUUGCAGGUGACAAAGUGAGACAACUUCAGAUUCGAAUCGAAAAUUUCCCUCAAAUUGGCGUUUGAGAAUAGACAGGCACUGGGCUCAGCAAUGUCUGGUAAGGUUGCAAGGGGAAAUUAAGAAGUUUGUUGAUAAAACACCAAAAAACAAUUCUUAUAUUAAAAAAGAGAGCAGUUCCUACUGACCGUUAUAUUCAAGACUGGGUAUAGAGCAGUCCUUUGCACAUUGUGCUGGCACCUUUCUUCGGCAACGGAAAUAUGCCUAACGAUCGUCUAUUCUCAAAAGAGAUCUCAUCCUUAGGAAGGAAUAUGUCACAUUACCAUACUUAAGACAAGCUAAGGCAUAGGGGAGAUUGCCCUUUUGUCCACCCUAUAUUGAGUUCCUGGCGGUGAAGGUUACGAAAAUGUGCUCCCCCUAUAACGUCAUCAGAGUUUUGCAAAAACGUUGAUGACGAUAAUACUUCCUCUCUUUAUAUAUUGUCUCAGCUGUUUCAGGUAUUAACGUUGGUUGUCCUAUUUUAACUUAAGUGUUCGUCCCUAUUGCGGCAGUAAUUGUCCAUUUAAAAUGUUUUGGGGGUAUAGAGAAUCGGCGGAUCAACUCUGUCAGUCCAGGAGUUUGGGACGGCUGUAACACUUUUAGGUUGGCUUGGAAGGUGGGGAUGGCGGACAGUAGACUGUUGUAAGAUUCAUUUUUACCAGCGUCGUCGUACGCGAGUUUUUGGUCGGCAACUGGAGUCAACAUGUCGUCGACUUAAAUAUGAGCGAUCUGAAAAAAAGAAAACCUCACCAAGUCAUCACUACAUCAGCCCCAUGACUGAAUGGAGCGUAAAAUUAAGCUGAUGAAGGCCUACACGGAUUUAAAUUUGUUAACACUAAUUGACAAAAUCCAAUCUGAGGGUUUCCGUUUUCCGAACCCUUCUGCAAACUCAGUAGCCUGCUGUCCGUGUUCCUGAGCGAGAGAUCAGGGAGCAGACCAUAUGUAGCACUCGUGAACGGGCUGUUGACCUUUUUCAGCGAUUGCGUCCGCAACCAUAUACAGUUCUUUUGGAAUUUAUUUUGGCCUCGAGAGACGGUGAGCAUGGAUAUAGUGGGAGAGACUGAUGCUGCGCAAACCAGUCUUGUUGUGAACACAUUCAGGUGAAAACCACCGCUGCACCUUAUCCUGCAUGGUGUAGCCCUCAUCGAUCGCGAUGGGCGAACUACAACAUUGUGUGCAUGCUUCAAAUGAAUGGGAGAAGUCGAUUUCGCAUCGGAUUUCGGACUAACACGUGACCAGUCGUCUAGCCUUGUCCUGCCAUUGGAGUAUGUUAGUUACGAAGGGGGUGGGCGAUGUCUGUAUUUUUCAGGAAACCACACCCUCGUUUACGUCAAUUUUAAAGGACAAAAAAUGCUUCAAUGAUCGGGGUUAUUCUGUCCAGCGAGCGGGUUGUUUCGCCCUAACAGAAGCAAUUUAGUUGGAUCCUGUGGACGCUCUAGUACUUGAUAUGUCGUAAGUUGUCAGGAUUGUUUAAAGUAGAGGUUCUAGGCGUAGCAAGCAAAUUGAGGGGAUCCUAUUCAUAAUCGUCAAGAAGGCACACUUGCGCAACUUUGCCGCUUCUCACUCACGCUGUCUAAGUGCGCAUGAGGUCACAUGCGCGUACGCACCUGAUGACCGCCAGACAGGCGUGCAACAACUGCAAAACUGCUUCCCGCGGGCUGAAACCAGUGAGCAGAUACGAUGACUCAAGCGUCGUUGGUCUCGUCUGUAGGCCUGAUAUUUCACAGGCUGCGAGAAGGCGGUUAAAGUAACGGCGACGGAGUCACAGUAACUGGGGCCAUAUGUCUCACGCGGUCCAAAAGUAUGUUACCGCCAUCGUCUCCGUGGAUUAGAAGCAUGUCCCUGAAGUUACGGUGCUAGCUGAAGACCACGGAAUACCGGAGGAGCAUUGGUUCGCUCAAGUCCUCUGUGAGGAUCGAAAAAGGUAAUUGCUUGGUGACAUCACGGAGAAGAAAGGCGCGUUCCUACUUGGAUACAGUUGCAUUCAGUUUUCAUUUGUACAGCCCAGUACCCGGCUGAAUAUCUAGUGCGAUAUGUAUCUGUGCGUGGCCUUUUUAUUUCACAGCAUGUACGGAUAGCAUUUUGACAUUUUACGCCUUCCAUCCCGAAAUAAAAAAAACAUGUGUAUAUAGUUCGUUAAAGAAGACCGCUUUCGGAGAAAACGUGUGUGAACUAUUGAAAUCCGACCGGAUAAAAUUAGCCAAAAUGUAUAGUUAACCGUCACAGUAUAAGCUUGAUGAAAAUCUGUCGUAGAGGUUGUUUUGGAACUUGGAAAACUCAUUAGAGAAAUCUAGAAAAACCCGAAAAAGUCACGAACCAUAUCCAUAAUCUUCCUCAGCACUUAAUAGUUUCACAUAAACGACACUUUAAAAACUGAAGCAUGAUAUAAGAGGGGCGGGCUCUGCAGACGCCGGUAUUAACAUGAAACUGCUCGCCUUCCUCGCCCAGUACCAAAGUUUGCGUCCGGCUAACUUGUUACUGUGCGUGGCCUGGCUUCCACGAUGAGCGUUGUAUCAACGCCAGUGAAGAAUGGUUGCAAGUAGCUUCCCAACAGUGUCGAUCAUGCUGGCGAAUCCUGAGUUCUGUUCGCCUCUAUGAGGACUCUUUCCGGUUUGACUCUGUUUGCUGCUCCGUUCUCACUUCCGAUACUCCUCUUUUUCCGAGACGCUGGGUUAUUUCCCAGUUUUCAGCAGCAGUAGCCGGUGCACAGCGCUACUCCGUGGAAGUAAACAGUUAGAAUGGGUGCUCAGGCCAGCUACUUCAUUUUCUAAUAAAAAGUAGUGUCAUAACUUUGUUGUUUUGACCAUCUUACGGUAUUUCCUCAAGUAUAUGGGGCGGAAUUCCUCUCCUUCCACAUCAUGUAUUACUACUUAUACAAUCUUGAGCUGCUUAUAGAUGUACACGUUUAAUCUUUUCCGACUUCAAAAUGUCAACACGUGAAAUUUUAUAGAGCAUUCCUCUGAAUGCCUUGUCUUCUCCCCAACAUAUUGACAUAAAAGCGUCGACAAUAGUGUCAAACGUGAUCAAGAAGUAGGAAACAUGGACUGAUCCUUCCUGAUUAAAUACUUUGCCAACUACUGUUGACCGACAGGAACCGAUGCGAUGUGAAUGAUUUUACCCAUGAAGGAGCUGCUUCCAUCAUAUCUGCUCCGACCGACUUAUUUGGAGUGCUGCAAGUCUGCACCCGAGGCUGUUUCAAAUGUCACAGCAAGACACAACGCUCUACUAGGCAGAUUUUUUAAUCAUUGUUUUAAAGAUGAGGCUGUUUUGCUCCUAAAAUAUGCCAUUGUGGCAUUUCAGCUUCGCAGACAAACAAAUCGGAAGGAGUUAAGGGCGUAAAUGGGCCUAUUUUUUCUCCAAACUAAACCUACAAAUCGGCAUGUUCUUUCAGGUUACUGGUUACCUGCAAUAGUCCCCCUGGACACUGACCAAUUCAGAGUUUGUUGCUCUCCAGUGUAGAAGAGCCAAUAAUGCAUCGAUAACCAUUUCUCACCAAUUUGACUAAACCUCUCAUGUGUACCUCUCCCCUUCCGUUCCGUAUGCGUACCUUAACAAGUAACGAUCCCAGGUAGUUUAGGCGAUCGUUAAACUUCGGUUGUAAGACAAUGCCUUUGAAUUUUAGUCACCGUCAUUAGUACUAUUAUUAUCUUCAUUACCAUGACAACGGCCAUGUUGGUGCUACUUGCGAUUUUGAUAAUACAAAAACCCCGACUGUUGUUUGUUUGCCAGUAACGUACAUUACCUCAGAAAAAUCGCUACAAUAGGGUGGCCAAUCUCACUGAAACUAGUGCAACGUGCUCGAAGUCGGUUUAGCGCAGCUCCCACAGAUUUCGGACUCACUUAUUCGGAAACUUGGAGAGCUGAUCAUAAUGUGUGGCCCCCGGGCACUUGCUGGCUUACUUGUUUGUACUUGUGUUGACUAACACCAGCGCUGAUUUAACCGACUUCAGAGUCCACGAAAUCCUGAACCGUUGUCUACUACACGUUCUGUUCCAAAAGACCAUCCGGGUCGGCAUGCUGUCUAUAUCUGACUUUAACGCAUCUGUCCACUCUCAUAGCUCGUGGCCAUGAGGACGGUGUCAGCUUGGAACGCUGACGCCGCAGAUGAACUGGCUUUCAGUCUGCAAAAUGCAGGAACCAAUGAACUGAGAUGGUGACCGUUAAUUGCAUCACCAGAGGGAAUUGCCAUUAAUGGACAGUGAAGCUUCACAUUCGUGAGGUUUUCCAUGAGUCGCAAUCGUAGUAUUCUCCGGAGGCAUCGUCCGCCAAGUGUCUCGAUCUUCCACCGGUCCGCAAAGUGCAUAAGUCACGCUUCGCAACCGUAAAUUAGAACGGAGUUUCCGCAAGCACUUUCGGAGUUGGCGGGAAGUUUUGCACACGAGGUGCACGUGACGGGCAAUAUUCUCCUGUCAAUGCCCCCACGGUGACACAGAAGAACCGAGACAGACAAAAUAUUCUGCCGUCUCGACGGGAGGGGAGGCACUGUCUACGAUGUGAAUCCAUUUGGCAUCACUUUAGAUCCCUCAGCACCCAACUUCUGGCCUAGAUGCCGAUCUGAUGGCUCAACAGGCGUUCGGCGUCCGUUUUUCUGGCAAAGUCCUAACAGUUGGACAAGUACGGUCUGUAAAAAACACUCGAAUGAGAGACAUCUUUGUAAUUCAGAAGACGAAAAAACCGACGCUUGUCAAUAACCACGAAACCAAACCAUCAGCGCAAAUUUUCUUUAGUUUAAAUGAAUUUCUCCUCCCAAAACCUGCCAAAACAUCAGACUUCAGAAAAAUGUCGAAAGUGGAGUCAGAAGUGGAAUGAAGACUGAGCAUUAAGCCAAUUCUUCGAUCAACUUGUUGGUUACUCCUCCUGGUAUCUACAUGUAUCACGUUUCGCCAGAACUUUAUUAUCCGAUCCUCGUAUUCACAACAAUGUCAGACCGAGACCUGUGCCAUAGAGACUCGAGAAAAUGUAGUGUCGGCUCAUCCCUCACUAAUCGGUUAAAUCGAUAUCAAUCAGUCUAAUCAAAAAUACUACCAAAGGUCCGUCGCUGUUAGUCUAUCCGGUUUUUACAUGAGUGCUUCUCAGGGGCCCCAAAUAUGGACAAGAAGCCGUGGUGCGACGAGUUGUCCCCCUCACCGAGUCCCCUUCUCUCCGGUGGAGACCGUCAAAAGCCAUGGCUUGAUUGCCUAAAUUCGUUUGUCCUUGUUUUCCCGACUGUGAGAAUAGUCAUUGCGAGAGAUAGCGCGAGCGCUUAAAAAAGAUGUGGCGCUGUCUCUACUACUACUACUACUACUACUACUACUACUACUACUACUACUACUACUACUACUACUACUACUACUACUACUACUACUACUACUACUACUACUACUACUACUACUACUACUACUACUACUACUACUACUAAACUACUACUACUACUACUACUACUACUACUACUAUUACUACUACUACUACUACUACUACUACUACUACUACUUCUAUUACUGAGUGUUGAGAGGAGAACUAACAACCCAUUCCUAUCUGUUUUCCUCCCCCCUCGGCUAUCAAAAGAUCCCAACGAGAAGGACGGUCUCUAUCCCAAACUGUCACCUGUGUCACCCUCAGCGCCGCCGUAUGCACCGCCCACCGACAGUCGUGAAAGCCUCGCUGAGGAACUUCAUAAGGUUGGUGGUCGUGUUCACUUUGCUGUUGCUGUGUGUUAUUUAAAAACUGCGGCCCCUAUCCUGCACUUCUUCCCCACGACCCGUUCAAGCUGUCUUGAAAUGACUGUGAUGUUUUUCGGAUUUAUUUAUACAAUAAUACCCACGUGCAUUCAGCUCAGACACCCAAAUCUUCGGUGUUUACGGCCACGAUUGCGUAAACACAUCUGUAAUAUCUCUGAUUGCUACUUUCUGGGAAGCCUCGUAUUUUUCCGCAGCCUUUUGUUUUCUGCUGCGUCCGGUUUUAGCGCAAGCCAUGUACACUGUAGCGACCGACGACCUAGAGGUUGGCACAAACGCGGAUAUUAGGCACCUGCUGUCGAUUUCCCAUUCGUAAGAAUACUGAACAGGUUUGGUAGGCAACACGUCGAACACACAUGCCGAGACCAAAAGGAGAAGUGUAAACAUGAGAAGACUAUUUUCAGACACUAAUUGAGUAAACGGUUAAUAAGGAUACCAUGUUAAAUAGAACAGGGGUUUACAUGCACUACAGUCUCCUCUGGAGUGGGGGGAGUGGAUUGUUGUGUCUGCUAGAACCACCGGUGGGGAGUGCAGCGUGCCCCCCGAACGGGCCACCUGUAAGAUGCGCUGGACCAACAUGGGGGCCACAUCGGAUUAUGGCAGGCGUUAUCUUUGAGCAAUAACAAAUGCCAACACCUAGGACCGGCGCUGGCAGACCCUGUUUUCGGCAGUCGUUGCACACACUGGAACCACUGCCACACCCUCCAUUGUUUUGGCGGUCAAAAUCCUGGUCAUUUGUUGUGUGGAGCGCCAAGGUGCGGAUCUGUCAAAGCCAUCCACCUGUGGUCUCCCUCAUUUCCGGUCUUCUUGGCUCUGUCUUGACACCGGGCUCAGGUGGAGGAGGAGGAGAGAGUGUGGUAGAUGCAGCGUAAGUAUACUGGCACUAUAAACUCCCGCGCAAGUCACCGUCCCUGCUCCCACCACCUGCCCUGAGGCAUACGGUGGACACCGUCGAAAUCGACGGUCGAACUCUUGGGGAGUGCAGCGCUGGAGGCAACUGUGAGAGAGGGACGUGGGAAAGAAUAUAAGACGAACCCAACCGACGAUACCUUCAGCGACUGAGAAUGGAAAGAGCACCGGCGUCUUCACUGACACUUCAUCAUACUGUCACCAUCCUAGGUUCGCGCCUCUCUGUCUCCUUCACUCAGUCAAACAACCUGUUCGGGCCGUGGUGCGUUACAUGCAACUUGAUGAAAAACGCGCAGAUCGCAUGACAAACUUCCGAAUUGAGACGUUUUUUGACAGUGAUGCGUCGCAACAACACUGUGCUACAUAUCUUUUGUCCUUCCUAGCGCAGAAACAGGUAGCAACGUCAGGCAUAGUGCGCGCCAAAAUGUACGAAUCACCGAUCAUAGCCCUCAAAGGCGUCAUCAAGUAGGUAGCUAGUGAUUGAGGAAGGAUCGAAAUAACAGAAAAGCGUGGAGAGGAUCUCCAGAUACAGUGGCUUGUCAUCCGGACUCUUCCCAGUCACUUGUGCCGAGCCCAGUUCAAAGUUGAGGACGGACAAAAUACCUCCGUACUUCGGAUGACCAUGUCCUGAAUUUUCGCGGUAUUAGCUAAUACCUGUGUUGUUAGCACGGCAAAUAAUUGCACAAUUAUAUACUACUGGCUGCCUUUUGGCGGUUUGUGAAUUUCACGCGGUUAUUCCGCGUUAAAAGAUGGAUUUCAGUUCGAAUAUUCACAUCAGAUUUCAAACCGUGCCUGAGAAGGUCUGUUUUGAAAGAUUUACUCCACGUUCGCGCAUUGAUUUCCUCGGAAAUUAAAUUAAACAAGGAAAGUUGAAACUGGAGUUCAUGCACCAGAAAACACGCAAGAAAGCUGGGAGAACCACUGACGAGCCUAACCCCUCGCAGCUGCGUCAGGCAGCGGCACACGAUCGGCAAAACACGCAUGUCUGGGCUUUUAACUAAUACUUGUGUUGUUAGUUCGAUAAAUAAUUACACAAGGAUCGAAAUAACAAAAAAGCUUGGAAUGGACCUUCAGAUACAGCGGCUUUCCAUCUGGACUCUUCCCAGCCACUUGUGCUGAGCCCAGUUCACGGUUGAGGACGGAAUAUAGACUUCGGUAUUUCGGGUGAUCUUGCCCUAAAUCCUCGCCGGGGGUUAGGUUUGGGGUUAGUGUUAGGGUACAUAUUAGGCCUAGGGCUGAAGUUAGAACAGGAGAAUAGGAACUCGCCUGGGUUUUAGCGCGAGGCCAGCUGUGGUGCUGGGGGAGGGGAGGGAGGGGGGACGGGUUGUCCACAUUACCGCAGCCGACCCAAUCCCAAAUCUCCACAUUGUAAGUGACGUGUGUUUUUCCGCUAUUUGGGCGGGAUAGGGUUGACGUGCUGGUUUGCAUCGAAUGGGUGUGCAGCACCGACUUCGUUCUUCUCCCGAGCCCCUUCGGAUUCCAGUGGUUAAAUUGACCAGUUUGGAUCCUCACUCGCAGAUACGCCCACUCGCACACUGCCACUGUCCGUGCAAAUAGGCGCCCGCGAAUUUGAGGAUGACAGUAGCACCGUUCACUGCUGCUCAAAUGACUGGGCUCAGCAAUGAUGACUUGCGCGCGAAUUUGUUUGAAUUAAGAUAGACUUGCACAGCGCCUGUCGUGCUCUCUCCCCUCUUGCCCCUCUGGCUGUAAUGGCAAGGGAGUGGAAAGACGGGCCGUCAUUGGUGGAGACUAAAUUGAGAGGGGAGCCAUUGCAGCUUGACUUUUAGUCCUGAAAAGGGCUAAGUUACCACGUCAUUUGGCAUCCUUGCAAGCCUGGAGUCUUAACGCAUCCCUGGCUGUUCGAGUGCGUCCGUGUGUCAGUGUGCCGUGUUGACCUCGGUCAUUCUUCCCGUUCCCACGCAUCGAUCGGCUGUCCGGGUCUGUCAACCGACUGGUGAUAGGGUUGGGCGCAGUGGCAUACAGAGUUAAGCCACAACCGUCUCCGCGUGUCACACACACACACACACACACCACCUCGUCCCCACCAAAUAACAUACAUUUCACUAUCCCAAAGAGGACACUGUAGUGUCUUUUGGAUGGCUCGUUUUACAUCGAGGCCAUGCAGCCACCUUGGCAAGACAGAUUCAAGCUGCCUAGAGAUGGGCGUUAAUGCAGUGGUUGAGGAGUCAGGAUUAGGAUCUACGCCUACCGCAUACUACUCAAACCUUAACUACCCACGCACCCAAGUUUUCAUGGGAGGUUUCGGAUUUUGGAGGACGGAGAGGUGCUAUAGGCAGCACAGCAAGAAGGCGCCACUGCAACCCGACGAGGAAGAGCGAGUUAAUUCGUCGAUUGAAAACCCUUACAAUCACAAUUUUUGGCGCCCCCUAAUGAUCUAAAUCACGUCGGAUUUGCUGUUAUUAAGAAAUUAAGUGCUGGAUCCGUGUUGAUUCGGCUUUACCUCUCCCAUACCGCCGGGGAAGCCUGGGUUGCGUCCACUAUAGGGGUGAAAUCAAACGGAAUGCUUGAAGUGGUGCAAAAUUUCCCGGUCUUGUCAGUUAUUUACAGCACGGAUAAUUUAAGCGACAGGAAGGUGCAGGCGGGCACGACACCUCGCCACUUCAACGCCAUCUCUGACAGUCAGUACUUGCAGAGUGUGAGUGCCGUAGGCGAGUAAACGAGAAUGCCUUUCUUGCUCUCUCUCCCCCUCUCCCCCUCCGUGUGUGCGUGUACACCCGCGUUCGAGGGUGAUUUGGCACCACAGUUUGACAGUCACACAGUCCUUGCCUGCGCACGUGAACCGGUGUGCAUACUCUUUGUUGUCGGCUAGAAGCUGACGCGCGAGGCUCAGCCUGUCUUCGACUGGGUCUUCCCCCUCGCGGCUGAAUGCAGACAGCGGGCGAGGGCAAGGAGUGAAUAUGUAAGCCCAUUGGGAACAUAGAGCAUAGGGCUGUUAGUACUAAUUUUAUCAAUAGGGCAGGUGGACGGAAACUGAAACCCUAGCAUAGUAUACCUGCCAAAAUCCAAUAAGUAGGCAUGUUGUAGUAAUAUAACCAUGGGCCUACAUAUUCAGUCAUUAUCCAGGCGGGUCGCCUCACCCUACUUCCUCCGCCCAGUCCCUAUCAGUGUGUUUACCCCAAUCCCGUAUGCAUUUACUGCGGUUUCCGCACAAUAUAUGCAUCUGCGCUGUCCUCGGCCUUAAUGUGUGUGCGAUCUCUCCGUAUCCUGUGCCCUCUCCCCCUCUGUUUUCAAGCGUGGUUUGUGGGGUGGAUCCAUGGUAGGGCAUUUGAAACAAGGCAGAGGGUGUAGAUAUUCGUCAAUGAAAUAACUCAGUCGAAAAGUUUUUCAAGAGAUGACUUGUUGAGGAAGGUUGGGCGUUUGAUUAGGAGCAUACGCGUUCAUUGUGGAACACCAUUUUCUUCGUCGAUCAGGUUUCAUCUUUUGGGUGAAUUCACAUUUACAGCCCAGUUCGCCGUCUGCGAUGGGGGAAGCGCGUUCGCUGACUAGGUUACGGGAGGCCUCUGAUACCUUUCUACAUCCGAGUACCGAAAGAGACAGGGAAGACUUAGAUGGCCAUUUCUGGCUUACUAACUAUCGUUCAGUAAUAGCGAAAAGGCUAGUCCCAGGAAGCAGUCGCUGGAACAAGGGCAUUAUUUGCUCGAUGUUUCGGAUUUGCAUUCGAGUCCAUCGUCAGAGGCAGAAUCAGAUAAGGUUGGUGUGCCAACUAGGUGCUGCAGUAUUUAUAGGAUGCAGUUACUAUGUCGCGGCAUGUCUACUAAAGUUGGCAGCUUUCGAGCUCAUCGUAGAUAUUUGCACCGAUGUGUUGUCCUACGUAGUUACUAUGCGCCUGCAUGCCUGCAGCGUGCAUUUGCAGGCAUGUGGGCUCAUUGAAACUGCAUCCUAUAGAUACUGUAAGACUUGUGCAAUUCAUUAUCCUUAUCUGAUUCUGUUUUUGAUGACCAGAUUCAAGCGAGAAUCCGAAACGUCGGGCGACUAAGGCCCUUGCUCCAGCGACCGUGUCUCUUUAUUCGCGACUACUUCCUGGGACUGGACUUUUCGUUAUUACUGAAUUAUGGCCAGCAAGCUCCAGUGAGAAUCCGACACGUUAGACAUAUAACAUUCUUGUUUCAGCGAUCGUGUCACUUCUUCUUCGCGAUCGUUCAGUAGAUCAUUGGGCUUUUCAACAGCAGAAUAAACCCUUGUUUCGUGCAUUAAAUGUGAAGGAGACGUACUUUGGUAAAAAAAUGAAUUCCAGCCUUUUCCGAAUCGAAUUAUUGACUUCAGCUAAACGGAAUUGGGUAGCCGCAUCAUGGUUUAGGACAUACUGUACGGACGGUGAUCUUUACCAAAGUCGCUUCAGGCAGUACCCGCGUAGUGCACAUCAAUAAUCACCGCUUUUGACAUCAAUGCUUCCGCUCAGACGGUCUUCAGUACUGAAAACGCGACCAAUAGGAACUUUGCAAACUGCCGCUUCCCUGUGGCCACGUCUGUCUGAAGUCCCACUUAAAUUAGACGGGUAGCCCUGCUAAUGAAGCCGGCCAAUACCGCCCCCCCGUCCAGAAAGUCCUGUACGAGUCGGGCACAGCAUUCCGGUUACUUCUUUUUUUAACUUAGAAUUUUGUGUCAACACGUACCCAGCCUAAGACGACGGCAGAUUCUGGGUCCUAUCUCUCUGCGGAUGUUUAUGAUUCUGGUGUCAGCGUUCCACCAUGUAUGUCCUAAUGAAUACCACUGUAAGUUGUGUCCGAAAAUCGACAGCCCUCUUGGUCAAUCUAGUUAGCAGCAGCAGCAGCAGCAGCAGCAGCAGCAGCAGCAGCAGCAGCAGCAGCAGCAGCAGCAGCAGCAGCAGCAGCAGCAGCAGCAGCAGCAGCAGCAGCAGCAGCAGCAGCAGCAGCAGCAGCAGCAGCAGCAGCAGCAGCAGCAGCAGCAGCAGCAGCAGGAUUAGAGUCCCCUGACCCGGUCGAAGCCUUCUAACUGCCGUUGAUACCGGUUCAUCGUCAACUUCGAAAUGAGGCGGUGUAUUUGGGAUGUUUAGGAAGUCUGUACCGAAGCAUGAUCCCAGCCCACCUGAUAUAGAACUAGACGCAUACAUACCUAAAAAUAACUCGUCAGGUAUGCUUGCCUUACGAGCUAUCACAAAGUCCCGGGUUGUCCUCUCUGUCUUCCACUACCUCUUGAAAUACUGCUUUAAUUCAGUAAGGAACAUAGCGACUGCGUCGUAGGAUCCUUGCUUAGGAAAGGCCAUUUGUUUAAACACGCUGCACAAAAUAAACCUUCUACCUAUCAGUAUUUCCAAUUUUUAAUUUGUUUCGCGCUUUUGCCCAUCCAGGAGACAUUUUUUACCGCAAUUCUUGGCUAAUUCCUGUUCAAAAGUACGGCCCUGUCGUGCCUGUACCUGAUUUAGUUACAUGCUUCACAUGUAAAUCCUGGCCCCCGCGAUAAAGGCACUUAGGGGCUAACUUCUGUUGCUGUUUUUUGCUUAGGUUGAGGAGGAGAUCGAAACCCUCCGUCUUGUCCUAAACGCCAAAGUUCAGCGGGCGGCCGAACUGCGUCGGAGACUUGGGAUGUAUGAUUUCGGUGUGGCCAAGGAUGAUAUUCGACGAACAGUCGAAACCGUAAAGAACUCCCAGGCGUAAGUUCCUCGUUCUGCAUGUUUUUCUUCUUCUCUUCCUCCCGCUCCUCCUACCGCUCCUUCCGCUCCCCCUCGUUCCUCCUCCUCCUCCUCCUCCUCCUCCUCCUCCUCAUCAUCAUCAUCAUCAUCAUCAUCAUCAUCAUCAUCAUAUUCUUCUUCUUCUUCUUCUUCUUGCUCUUCUUCCUCACACUAUUCUCAUUUGUCAUUCUAAAAUGGUAAUUCUUUGUUGAGAGAGAGGGCGAGAGAGCUGUUCUCAUCUUCUUCAGCUGUAAUCAAAAGUUCCUAGAAUUUUCUCUUUACCCAUUUAGUUACCAGAAGACCACAAAUGCCGUGAAGACUGCUGCCUCAAAGACCUCCGAGGUGGUUUCAAAACAAUGGACGAACGUCCGGUUUGUUUUUGAAGAGUUCCUUUUAUAUGCUUUUGGAUAGAGCAAUGGGAUGUUUUAAUCCUCACUAGCAAAAUUCACAAAUCCACCUGUGUCUCGACCGUGCCACCUCGGUGCUUUGUUUGCGCCCCACCCUCAUUUUCGUCCAGAAAUAACCCCGCCGAUGUUAUACGUUCCUCAACAGUUGUCUGUCACACUGUGGGAUUCGUUUAUUUUGAGACCUCCCCACCUACUUAUUUCAUUAAGGUGGGUGUCCAUUAAUACGACCUUAAGCACCGUCAUGAUUUCAGGCAUUUAAGAGUACAUUUUGCGCCGUUAGUAGUAUUUCAUCCAAGGCGCCUCCUCCGCCUCCGCCCCGGACGCAGAUGACAAUUUGACCGUCGCGAACGACGAUGUCCACCGUGUGCCCCCCAACAUGCUGGGGGCAGGGUCGGUGACUUGCGCGUGAGUUGGACUUGCACUGCAUCUACCGCACUCUCUCGCUCCUCACCCACCUCGACUCGAUGUCAAAGGAGGGUCAAGAAGACCGGAAACAGGAUUGGGCGCAGGUAGCUGACUGAGUUCAACAACCACCCGUCUACGCGUGCCACGCGCGCAACAGGAAGGGGGGUGGCUUGAAUCCUAACAGGAUGGGUGUCCCAUAGAGGCUAAGCUAGGAAGAAGGCGUUGCAGCUGUAAACUCCGUCCUCCUGAGGUGAGGACUGACAGUUGACAGCCCUCCAUGGCACGGCCUUUAGCACACCGUGGUAGUUUAAAAGCGCGUCGGAUUGUACAUAGCAGGGAAUAGACGCUGAGAGGGUCGACUUUUGCUCUCUCUUCCUUCUCAUGGACGCCAAACGCCGAUAGGGCGGUGUUCACAACCUUCUUCUAUCAUCGUUGACGAGGAGCACUGGUUCCAUCCAAAAGUUACUGGCAUUUCACAAGUCUUACUUUAAAUACCUUUGAUUAGGAGGCAAGAUCUCAUUUUGGAGCUGUACCUGUUAGGGUUAGGGGUUUCGGUAAGGGGUCAGGCUGGGACUGGUCUACUGCAAGUACGGCAGCGAACUGAGAUCCGACCGUUUAGGAGACCAAAGCAGCUGAAGAUAAUUUCCACUUUACCUCUGAUCAAGCUAAGAGCCUAACAGUUGACCAGAGGGGGGCCUAUUAUCAUGGUUCUGAUACUGCUUUGGGGUUUCUGUGUUCUACAUCGUGCCACUCCCUCUCUUCUUGCCGCAGAAGAUUGUAGAACGGUCAGGUGAAGGAGAAAAACCAGAUGCUAGUCAAAUAUGUGAAGGGAAUUCUGUGCGUAACUUCUAGGAAAUAACUGGUGAAGUUUCUUAUGGUGCAGGAAUCCUGUAUUCCGGGUUAAGGUACUUCCUCCCUUCUGGGAUCCAAAUACCUCUAAUGGUUUUUCACAACAGCCGACAUCGUGAAACUAAGGUUUGGUGAAUUGCCCACCUGGGCUUCACCUCAUUACCUAUUCUGGAAACUAGGAGGACUUCAAGAACUUGUGUCUAUCACCAAGACAAGCGAAUCCUCCGAUUUCAUUUUCUUCUAUCAGUCCCUCCUCUCAUACCCAUUUUCUCAUCCCGUUCACCCUCUUUCCUUCCCCUAUUUAUUCGUUAUCAUCACUUUCUCUCUUUUUUGUUUUCUGGCUAUCUAUCACUGCAUUUUUUCUCGGUUUCUAACUCCCUUUCGCUUCUGUUCUGCUCGUUGUACAGUGAGUUACCGAUCUCAUGAGAUGUUAGCCGAAAUUCCGUAAUUCGUUUCCGAUUAGGAAGGAUUACCUAGGCGGGGUUCUAAUACAUAUUAUCUUGCGGCAUAAUCAUAUAAUAUUUCGGCCUUGACAGGAUGUCUGCUUUUGGAUGCCCUUCUUUUCAAUCUCCUGUAGACACCGUACUCGGUAAAAAAUGACUACUUAAGUAGCAUGCAUUUUCCACAUUGAUUUCCUAUGGUCUUAUAAGGUUGAAUAUAUUUUAUAAAAAACAGGAACGAAAAUAUGCUUUCUUUCACUCGUUUGAUAGGGAAUUACGCCGUCUUCAUAUUUUACAUUCGAAGAAGGAGUUUGCAGUUAUGAGCUUUUUUAAAACCGUGCAAUAUCCAUUCAUACAGCAUCGCACCUAUCCGUUUACCAGUGCUCCUCAUGAAAUGUACAACGCAUUCGGCAUUUAUUGCAAAAUUUUAUGGACUCUAAUGAUAUCUUUUUAAAGACAUAAAGAAAUAUAUGAUGUUUCUGACGCAGAAAGCAUGCAUCUUGCAGACUGUGAUCACUAAGCGCUAGUGCAACGACUGAUCGGGCUCGAAAUUAUUCGGGAAUUAGAAAUGGGCGUCUGAUUAAGAAGGAUAACUUAAGUGGAUUUCUAGUAGUGAUAAUCUUGUAGCCUAGUCUUAGAUAUUUCAGUCACACCAGAAUGCGUCGUUUUGAAUGUAUUUACUUUCUGCUGCCUACAAAAUCACACUCGGUAAAAGUGGCUGCCUAAGAAACAUGCGCUUUUCUAUCGAUUUUUGAUGCCCUUAUUAAUCUAAACAUAUUUAGCAGAAAGAAUAUACAAAAUAUUUACUCCUGUACUCGUUUGCUGGAAAACUAGUCUGCUUCGUAUAUGUUAAAGGAAGGACAUAUUUAGGUGUUAAAAGGUCUUUCAGUUCACGGAUACUUGUGAACCCGACCCGCCUUUGCAUUCGCGUUCAGGGUUCUCAGUCUGCAAGCCAUAUACCUUCCAUGUAGGGAAGCUCACACAUUUCUCUACGCUAUUAAGAAAAUAUCAUUUAACGCUCAUAAAAUUGUAAACUGAUGUGCGCUAGGUUGCAUUCUUCAUGGGGAGCAUUAACAGACGGACAGAUACGAUACUAUUUGAAUAGGUCUUUCGCGGUCCUAAAAAUAUCACAAUUACGCACUCUUUAAAACGGAGACACCCUUUUUCUUUUAUAAGACUUAAUCUUUAUGCAAAUUGCUAUAACAUGAGUAGAAUCGAGGAUAUUUUUAGGCAUUUUUAAGAUAAGAUACACUUGGAAUAUAAAGUUGGAAAGUGUAUACCAUUAAAGUAGUCAUUUUUUUACCAUGAGCGGUUGUAGUGGGCGGACGGAGAGAAGCUCAUUUCUCACUCCCUUCUUGUUCGUCUAGUUCAGCGAAUGCGUCAAAACCUAUAAGGCGUUGACCGUAUUGUUGAAAGGCGUUCCUCAAAAUAGACGGGAUUAGAGGAAGGGCAAUUGCACUAUUGAGAACCUUUUUACACACUCUCCAGUAGGUACAUGGUGACUUCUUGGCUUUUUACUGCGAAAUUCGUCUAAACCACAGUGAAGAAGAAGACAUUUAGUUAACUGUGUCAUUUGAAUUUUGGUGGUUGUUCACAUGUAAUCGCGCUUUCUAGAAGUGGCGAAAAAAAGGCCACAGUUCACGUAUCCAGUAUUUAAGAAAUUACGCCCUUUUCCAACUUAAUGCGUUAAGCAUGCAUGCUUUGAAAAAAUAAACUGCCGUUUUGUUUGCUCCGAGCGUCGAGAGUUUUUCUCAACAAAAUUCAUACAUCACUUCUUGUUCUCAUGCGGAGGUCCCUUUGUGGUAACGAAAUAUUUCGAAAUUUGGGUUUCAUUGCAACCUUUGUUAGUGCAAAUAUUUUCAAAAAUUCCCUACGUACAACCCUUUUCAGAACCCGAAUACACUAUUUUUAAAAGUAAAUUUGGAAGGGGGUUCAUAAACUGUCUAGCAGAAGCAAAAUCGUUGGGCAUCCUCUCUUGAGAAUAUUAUGGGGUUCAUGCUCAGAAGACUCUUAUCCCAAAGCCAACAGGCUAGCUUGUGCGUACAUGAACUUUUAUGCUCAACACACAUGCCACCUCGCUAACAUAAUAUUUUUGUGGCAGCACUUGUGAACCCCGACGCCAGACUUAAGAUACUGACUUAGUCUUGGCUUAUUUUCGCAUUUCAGCCAAACUGGCGCAUACAAGACUGUCGAAAACACAGUGGGCUCCUUCUUCAAAACUAUCAAGGUAUCUUCUUUUCGCAUAUACCGAUUCGCUUGACUUGAGACUAGGUAGACUACGUUUUGCAUACGCGUCUUCCUGCUCACUUGCUGAUCCAGCUGGGAUUUCAGCGUUAACGGUCUCCCGAACCAGUGCGGUCACCACCCUUACCCCAUUUGUGUAGACCGGGGGGUCGAACAUCCCCUCUAGGUCCGACAUCCUCACAUCUUCCCUCAUCAUCAUCAUCAUCCUCAUCAUCAUCAUCAUCAUCAUCAUCAUCAUCAUCAUCAUCAUCAUCAUCAUCAUCAUCAUCAUCAUCAUCAUCAUCAUCAUCAUCAUCAUCAUCAUCAUCAUCAUCAUCAUCAUCAUCAUCAUCAUCAUCAUCGUCGUCGUCAUCAUCAUCAUCAUUACUACUACUACUACUACUACUACUACUACUACUACUACUACUACUACUACUACUACUACUACUAAUACUACUACUACUACUACCACCAGGUCAUAUAAACCCACAGACUUCGAAUUAUCCAUCCACUGCGGGUGCAUUACGUCGUGGAGAGACUGUUUUACGGAAAUCGACGGAUUGUUUGUCCUGUUCUCCUUAGGCCAUUCAUAUGUACGACGUGUUUUGAGCGUCAGGGCUACUUUCUGUAUGGUUUUUGCGCUCUCGGCAUUCCGCCAUGACCACCUGUUUAGCCACCUUAUGAUAAGUCUCGAAGUAGCCUCAUAUUUGGCUGUUACAUUAAAACUAAAGAACAGAACCCCUCAGUAGAUUAGUUAAUGGUGGGAACAUUUGACGCACACAGUGAUCGUUUUUGCAAAUUUGAGGACGCCUCUUUCCUAUUUGAUAACAAUCUGACAGAAGUUAUAGUUAAGUCUUCACUGCUCACACAAGCUCUUGUCAUCUUUGGAUUUUCGACCAGAAGCACUGCGUAGUGAAUCCUUGAACUCCGUUGGACCAGAACAUCUUACCACCGCCAACGCUUAUCCAAAAUGGCACGCAUAAACAUCGUCUCUGCUGACUUACCACCCCCCCCUCAGGGCUGUUCCUAUAACUGUUUCGAUAAUCUCGUUCAUGCAACCAGUUCGUUGUGGCACUCCUUGGUCCUUAUAAGUCAUAUAGACAGAGUGACAUUACCGAAGGAGAUAAGGGAGACCGGAACGACCAUUUCUGGCUUAUUAGCCGUCUUCAGCCAACCAUACCUAACCCCGAGGUGUGCGACGCCUGGGGCUCGACCCCACGACCUGUGGGUUAGAAGUCCAACGUCCUAGCCACGGAUCCGUUGUCCUUUCGGUUGCAAUUUGGUGUAUAUAAUGGUAGAGGGGCGCUCGCCGAUCGUGUUACGGGACACACUCGUCCUUUUGUGCCUUGGGGCUCUCUUUCUCGAGUUCCGCAAGCAGCCGCACAGCGGCGCGUAACAUGGGCAGGAUAGCAUUACUGACGUUUCGUCCUUUGAACUCCAGAACAUUCUAACGAAUGAAACAUAUAGAGCAUCGACCUCUCCGCACGACAGUUCGACCGUCGAUUUCGACGAUGUCCACCGUGUGUACCACAGCUGCAGCAGCGAUGGGAUCAGAGACGGUGACUUGCGCAGGGGUUUCUAGUGCCAGUAGACUAGCGCUGCAUCUACCUACACUCUCUCCUCCUCCCCGCCUGAGCCCGGUGUCAAGACAGAGUCAAGAAGACCGGAGAUGAGGGAGGCCGCAGGUGGAUGGUUCGGACGGAUCCUCACCUUGGCGUUCCUCUGUACUCGCCUGAAAGGGCUUUACAGUCGGUCGAGAAUAGGGCCAAUCAAAUGCCUCCCCUUAUUCGCCGGUUAAGAUGAUUAGGUCAUUUAAUGCGCUGACCCAAAGGCGAAAUCGUCCGGGAUGUCAGCCCGCCUGAAGCCUGGAUGACGAGGAUGUCGGGCUGUCCAAAUGAGGUAGUGAGUGGGUGGGGUGAGAGCUGACCUCGAGCGCAUCUCCGGCUGGGCAGUCUUCUGUCCGCCCGGCUAGGACUUCAACCGGGCUGUCUUUACUCGGGAGUCUGCAAUGCGGGACAACCGUUCGUAACGUGUAGAAAGUACGCGAAGUUGGCGGGGUACUUUCUGAUGAACGCCGUUAAUAGUCAGGUUAGGUGACGAUCACUGGCGGACCAGGCACAUAAACACCGUCUGCGCGUGCCACAACACAGCUGGUUUCUCUUCCACGAGCCCAUGCUCCAGUCACCUGUGUUGUGCCUCCGACAAGCAGCGCGUGCGUGCGCCUGGGUUUUGUCCCCCCGCGGUCAAUCCGCGAAGGGCGCAGUGCCGAUUGGCCUCGAGCCCUCGCCACGUUAACGUCAAGUCUCAUGCGGCCCAAGCCAUCUUUUUUUCAGGAAGCGUGAGGCGACAUGUGAAAGCAGCCGCACCGAUGACUGCCACAGGCCAACUAAUCAGAUGUCGGCCUCGACACCCGGAGUUUUCAGCGGGGUCACUAUUGGAAUCCGCGAAUACGACCGGGAACCACAUGGGCGACAGCUGUUCUCUGCAUUUGUUGGAUAACCACCGAUGUGCUGUUGGGACUGUGCACCCAGGAAGUCGACUACCGCGCCUCCUCUCCCCCCUCCUGAUGACAAGUGUCAGACCGACCGAUUAGGUGGCGAAAAUCAGCUUCGGCAUCAGUAGAGUCUGUCUCAUUAUAUGUAUGUACUUCAGUCCUCACUGAAGUACUGUUGGGAUUUGCGCUUCCGGUGUGCAUCUAUGCACACGGUCUGUUUACGGUACUUGAUCGAUUUCACCUGCGGUGUUUGUGUGUGCCACUGUGUACGUGCAUGUAAUCCGUUUUGCAGGUGACAGCGCUCGACGCAAUCUGCGCCUGCGUGGUCAGCGCACUCAUGUGCUGCGGCUGUGAUUUUUUGCUGCGAUAAGUUUUAGCACAUGAUGUUCUUCUGAACUCAGCAUCAACUUUAACGCAUACUGGGGACAUUUCGGUCAAUGCGAUAAUUUCAAAACGCAUGGUCUCCUCCUUCUGAGCCUCUGAGUGUAGGUCAACUUGUAGGUUUCGAAUUCAGUAGACACGUCGGGGGAUUCUGCGCACAGUCGCGCCGCCAUACAUCUAAAACGGGAUGCAAAAGUACAACCCUGCGUCAUUACUUACUUGUGCUUGGUACGGCUGUGAUAAUGCCUGAUCUGGCUGGCCUCGAUGAUAUCUCGCGCGACGAUCCGCGGUAGCAGAUCUGGACGGUUCGACCCAUUCCCCUCGCCAACGACGUAGACCGAAUACCGAAGGUCCAAGAACCACCCUCUUGACGAACUGUGACGAGCAGGGUUUUGAUUUGACCCCCAUCCCCUCGAUGCCUCCAAUGGGGUAACGGUGCCGGAUCGAGGGCAGCAACAAUGAGCUCGUGGGGUGGGCGACGAAGAACAUGCUCGAACCACCUCAGUCUUCUUUCUUGGAUGGCCUGAGUUACCCUUGCGAUGUUGUCGCAACGAGCGCGGACUGCCGCAUUUGAGACAAAGUCAGGGUACCUCACUCAAAGGAUAGUCCUCAAGCAGUGGUGGUCAAAUACCUCCAGUUUUCGCUCGUCCUCCACGCGCACAGCCCAGCAUUCACAACCAUAAAGAAGGACAGACCAGACGGAUGCAUGGUACACGUGAAUCUUAAUGGCGAUGGAGAGGUCACUUCAGAUCCAUAAGCAUUUUCUAGGGCUUAAGAAAACCCGUCGGAUAGCAUAAAUUCGGGAGACAAUGUCAUCCUUACUCUGACAAUUCGGCAGCAGCCUCGUCCCGAGGCAUUUAAAACUGUCUACUUCAAGUUGACAACAAUUAAUCCCGAGAGGUGCCUUCUCCUGGUCAGGGAUGCAGCUUCGAAACACCUUAGCCUUCACAGCGUUUAUGGAUAGGCCAACCGAUUUUGCGACCUCGUUCACCCGUGACAUCAUAAACUGCGUAUCAACAAAACUUGAAGCUAGUAAGGCGAUAUCAUCGGCAUAGUUGAGAGCAGUUAGUCGGUGUCCGGGUGCAAACUCAAAACCGUCAUCUAAGUGUAGGGUCCUCCAAGAAUCCAAUUCAUGGGUUAGUUGAACAGAAUGAACAACAGGAUACAACUUCUGUCGAACGCUACACCGAAUACCGAACGCUUGGGAAAGAUUGUUAUGGACCAGAACUCGCGCAGUGGUGGAGAGGUAAUUGACUUUGAUCAUGGCGAUUAUUUCUACCGGUACAUCAUCUAGCGUCAUUAUUCGGCACAGGGACUCACGAUGGAUGGAAUCCAACGUGGCAGCAGGGUCACCAAAACAGACGACCGUCGGCUGUUGAUAGCUAUGGCGGAAUUCAAGAAGUUCCUGGCCUUGCGUUAACUUUGGUCGACGGUAGUUGUGAGAACACCUCUUUGUUUUGUUUACCGUUUCCAUGAGACAGAAUCGCCCUGAAAAUAUUGUUUAUUUAUAAGGUAUGAUAAAACAGCUAAGCAGUAGCCGACGUAAAACGCGAGGCAGGUGCGAGAAGCCUCAUAGAAGUGAAGAUAGAACGAGGUAACGUUGAUCGGUUCCAGUCCGUGUUGCAGUCUCUGCCUUUUCUCUACCAUUAGUCCAGCUCCUCACCACCAUGAUUUCAUCCCCUUCGCCCGAUCGAAUUCGUGCGAAGGGAGUACAGACAAAUGUUCUACAAGUUAAAUAGGCACUUUAGACUGCAUAUCAUCAGAACCUGAAGCCAGCAAGGCGUAGUCGUAGUCGAGAUCAGUCAGUCGGUGUCAGGGUGCAAACGCAAUAUCCUGCGUGGUAGCGUAUACGCGAUCGAGAGGUCCCCUUCGUGUAGAAAGUCGUGCGAAGGCCUGCUACUCCAGCAUGAUGCAGCGAGAGACAGGGUAGGCGGGCCAAUCAAAAUCCCUUCGACCAGCCCAGGUAUAUGUCCCCUACUUGCUUGGCUCGUCUGACUGCCAUCGGUUCUGUGUAGAGUACUAGUCUGCGGUUAAUCUCGAAUCACUCUUACACUUGAGUUGGCCUGGCGACAUAAUCGAUGCCGAUCCGCCUAGUCCCAAACAAUAUCAAUGCUCAUCUGUAUUGUUUUUUUUUCUGGUAAGACUCGGGAGCAGGAAUCCCUCACUCGUACUUCAGGUGGCCUUGUGCUAAAUUCACGAAGUGUACCUAUUCCCCAUGCUGUCACCUAACCCUAACAAUAAUCCUAGAUAAAACUCUAACCUCAACUCCAAAGUUGAACCUAACCGUAGUCUCCCCUGGAAUUUGGCGCAAGGUCAUCUGUAUUACCGCGGGGAGGGGGUCCUUAUUCCGGCGUCCCAUUGAUUCUCCUACUUUUCAUUCUGCUGUCUUCCCCUUCUUAUCUAGAACAAGAUUACAGACAGCCCAGACUCGUCUAGGAUUCAGGAGUUUCCAGCUGCUACGCCCACUCCAGCCGGCGCCGGUACUGCUGCCGCUGUCACCACUAUUCCCAAACCUCAAAAUGACCUUCCCCACGCCUACUUUAUGGGUGAGGACGGAAAAUUUGUGGCUGGUGAUGGAAGCAAAAAGUAG